AAACCGAAACUAAUUCUGCUCAAGCAUACAGAGUGCCAGGUGGCGCAACGUGUCUUUUGUCCAAGAAAUCGAGAGUGCACGGGCGUGCCAACUAACCUUGACGCUGCCAUAAACGUCGUCACUUGGCGUUAUAGCUGCGUUAAAUCUCGUUUAAUUCCCCUAGUUAAUUAUGCCAUCGCCGAGCGAAGGAGAGCACGAAGGGGGGUUCAGUUUCCGUAACUGGAUAUCACGUUUACCGCCGUUUACAGCAGACAACAUCUACAGGAUCUACCUGCCGAUCGCGGGUGCAGUCAGCUACUGCACGUUUUCGGUAACCGUUUUUAUACCAGAAUUUCUCUCAAGGUUAUAUCCAGACCAGAGCGUGAUGGUGGCCAACUGCCUGCUGUUCAACUCCCACGUCGGCACAGGGCUGUACGUCUACUUCAGGCCCCACAUGAGGAAGGCACAGCCGUACCACCGCGUCAUGUACAGCGCCUACCAGGCCGUGCUCUUCAACUUCGGCUCUGUACUUCUCUGGGCAGUGACCAAGUCGCUGCUUCCACAGUCCCACCUGGUGCGCUCCAUCUUUGCCGUCUCCACGUCAGCGUGCUUUCUCACCAUUGGCAAAGAAUAUUUAGACUUCCUAGAUGCACCAAGCUCCGAGCAGGGUACGGCACCAACCUCGUACACAUCGGUGUGAAGAGCUGUCGGGUUUUAUUAGCAAGGCCUGUCCAAUAAUUGUUCAAUCAUUGGCGAUUAUUCAACGAGCUGACGAUUGUUCAGUCGACGGCAAGCAUAUCUCAAAGUAGGGACGCACAGUUAGUGCAAGCUGUUUGCACAACUGCUGGCAAAGAGGAAACAAAAGUGCAAACUAUAGGGAAGCUACCCAUGGGUGUAAAGCUCAAAUGAGUUUGAAGGAAAAUAAAUUUUUAGUGUCCUUCCCUCCAACAGCGUUAGUGCACGAGUGCUUUGAAACAAAGUUGAAGAACGUCAAGUUGCUUGUUUUUGGUGAGGCCUUAUUAUGCUGCCUGAAUUAAGUCCAUUCGUUUACUCGAAAAGAAAAUUGAUUGGUUGCUGUCGUCAAGAGCUAUGUUCACUAGUUUAGCGAAGCGUCGGAUAUUUGUAUGUUUUUUUCUCGUUGUGGCAUUUUGCGAUUGCACACGAACCAAGGUGUAGGUGAGAUUUACUAUUGUUAAAAGCAUUCCCGCCAGCCACCAGUCCUGCUCAAUUGGUUUUAUUCACUAGUCUUCGAGGUCAUGAGACUGUGCAGCUUUUUAACUGUAGAUUGCUUGCCACACAUCAGCAGGUUACUACCAUUCAGAUCUGCAAGUGGAUUGCUAGCAUUUUUGUCUCGAAAUAAAUGGUCUAGGAAGCAUUCAGCUGUGAAAUGAAAAUGAAAGGUCAUCAGCAAAAUGUUCUCUCGAAUAAAGCUAUUUUCUGCUGUCAAA